CCCAUAAAGCCAUAGAGGGGAGAGAGAGAGAGAAAAAAGAGUAGCAUAUAUAGAUGAGUGUUCCAUGAUAACUUUUAACAAUUAAGGUUUUGCUUGAGAAAUUUGAUGAUGGCUUUCAGGGUGGAGAGGUGUGGGAGUGAGGAGGUGAUGUUCUGUGUCCAGGAGGCGGCCGUGGCAGCCCAGAAGGCAGAGGUUCCGGCGCCAUUCCUGACGAAAACGUACGAGCUGGUGGACGAUCCAAGGACAGAUCACAUUGUGUCGUGGGGGGAGGAUGAGACCACCUUUGUCGUGUGGAGACCGCCCGAGUUCGCCCGAGACCUCCUCCCUAACUACUUCAAGCACAACAACUUCUCCAGCUUUGUCAGGCAGCUCAACACCUAUGGUUUCAAGAAGAUCGUAGCCAAUAGAUGGGAGUUCGCGAAUGACUACUUCCGGAAAGGGGCAAAGCACUUACUCUCCGAAAUCCACCGGCGAAAAUCUCAUCAGCAGCACCAACAGCACCAUCACAACCUGCACCAAAUCUACCCCGACCACCACAACCUGCAGCCACCGCCACUAAUCGGCCCCCACUUCCAUCUCCGACCAUCCGAUCAUCACGUCCUCCCCUGGAACAACCCUGAGCCUCCGAUGAGCAUGCCUGUCCAGCCCCCGCCACCCAAAGUCGUGACCAACGGUGGUGAUCACGGCAACAACGUCCUGAGCGUGCUCACGGAGGAUAACCACCGGCUUAGGAGGAGGAACUUCAUGCUCUUGUCCGAGCUCAGCCACAUGAAGGGCCUCUACAACGACAUCAUAUACUUCAUCCAGAACCACGUCAGCCCCGUCCCAUGCACAGCCGCCUCCAGGUUCUCUGUUCCGCCAUCCGGCAACAACGGAGAUGCUAGUCCAGGGGCUACCGCUGCUGCUCCUAAGCUUAUCGAGCUCGACUCGUCCUCGUCAUCGCCUGACGAGCGCAACAGUGAUCAACGUGAUGAUAAGGUCAGCAUCGGGUGCUUCAAGACCGGUAAGAGGGCAUGCUCAGCCUGGGAGGAACAGCCGAAGGGCGGCAGCGGUGGGUUCAAGCUCUUUGGGGUCCCGCUCAGCGGGAAGAAGAGGUUGCACCCUGAGAAGGUUGUCGUCGACCACAGAGAGGUGGACCAACCUUAGUCAGAGAUCAGCAGAUAUUAACAAAAUUUGCCAUGAUAUUUUGUUAAUGAAAUUUUAUCUUUUUGGGUGAGAUCACCAGAUGCGUGCGGCGAUUUUUCUUCUUUCCAUGAAUAUGUAGCAGAAAGCUAAGAUAAGCUAAAUCAUGCAGGAUCUCGGUUAAAUUAACCGACUGCUCGAAGUUUUGAGUGCCAGCACCUAUGCAUAUAUAUCUCGAUCCUACAUCGUCCU